AUGGAGGCAACUUUUGUGUAUCCCAAUGAAGUUCCAGUCCUAGCAUCCACUGGACUUGGGGUUGGUAUAGCAGGUAUCGAUCCUGACCAUGUGCCGUUGAAGCCGAACCUUCUUAAUAACGUGUGCCAAAGAGUCGACCCCGACAGUUGCGCAUUGGACGCAAGGGGCGUCAUGCGUCUGCUUGUGCGUAAUGCGUUAGGCUACUCAUUCUUACGGCCGCAUCAGCGUAACAAGCUACAGCGGCAUUUGGCAGGGAAGAAGGAAAUCAAAAAGAAAGAUUGGAAGGCACAAGCUUCAUUUUACCGAAUCAACUACCGCGACUUUGUGCCGCACGACUUGAUGAUUGAGUUUCUUGAGAAUGAAUGUCCACCACAAGAGGAUUGCUACAAUCUGUCUAAGUGGUCAUGUGCUGCAGCAAGCUUGUGCAUGUUCUGGGAAGCAAAGAUGCGUAUCAUUCGACUACAACGGCGAAAGUACUUGCGGCUGCUCGAGGGAUUACAAAUUGCACAGUUCUUGCAGCACCAGCAAGAGCGAAAAUUGAGAAUCCCACAUUCAGAAGCCGAGUUGGCUUCGGUUACAGUCGAUGGUACCGUACGCUACUGGGAUCCAGAAGGAGGAAUUCGGACCAUCACAAAAGAAGCCUAUACCCCAGACCGUAUUUUACGCUGUGAAUACUCGAGUCAUCCUUGUGUUCUUUGGGCGGCGAAUCGAGUCACAGUGUCGACUUUAGAUCUUCGAGAGCCACCACAAAUCGCGAGCAAGUUGUUCGAUGUAACAGGUGCUGGGACUUUUGUCACCAUUUAUGAUAUCAGGCGUAGAGCAAGCAAUCCUUUUCAGUUCGUAGUUGGCACGGGUGUCGCAAUUGAAAUUUUCGACAGCCGCAUGGCUAGGCAACCUGUCAUAUCUUGGCUCCAGCCGCAAAGUUAUUCUGGUGAGCCGGAUGUUUCAUUUGGAGCGAUCGACGAAGUAAAUAUGUCGAAUAAUGCAAACGAUUCACAAGGAUUCAUUUUGUCGAGCUUAAAAAGACACAAGAUAACAACGCUGUACCCAUUUGAACAAAAUCGCAAACGAAAACGCGGUGAAGUGAUGUCACUUAUACCGCUGCGUUUUAAUGAAGAUGACGAUGCGUAUAUCGAUAAACCAAGUUCAAGUGUGGGCCAACUUGUUGCUGCCGAUGCAAACUUAGAUUUGCGAAUGGAAGAUGGUGGGGAAUAUACCCGUUUAACGGGAAUUUGUGCUAUGCGCAACGAGAGCUCUGAGUGUGCAAGUAUUUACCAGUUAAAUAGUCUAGGAGAUUUAUUUUCACAUCAGGUAUCGUUUAGUCGGUCUCAAACAAAGUCUUACUACACCGCCGUUCAAGCCAACUUACCAUGUGGUGUUACUGCACAGUAUGAACCAACGCAAGAUACGGUUUCAAGAAGGCUACCAAUACCAGUUGAUGCCAUGGUGCCUGAGUACGAUACCGAAUCGAUGCAAACAUUCAUCACUCUUCCUCUUAAAAUUCUUCGACGACAAUUUCCGCGCUUGCCAGAAGAUAAGGAAAAAUUAAUGAAAAGCGAUAACCACAUCGAUUCACAAACACAUGCCACAGCUUCCAGCAUCAAAUGUAGCAAGGCAAGUCGAAAGACUUUUGCAAGCCAGAAGGUAAUCUGCAGAUUUACUCCAUCAAAUGCCGGUGAGAACACGACACACAAUAGUGCCGAAACUGACGAAACUCUCAUACGAAACAGCUGCUCAAAAGGCAGUACAAGGAGCAGCGACGGCGACGCUGAAGCUUUGUCAUUUGAAGGUCAUGCUUUAAAGUUUCUUGAUAUGGACGAGCUCGUUGAAACUCUUUGUAGCGUUUGCGACCCGUCAGCAUCCCUAUAUCAGCUGCACCGUUUUGUGAUCGAUAGGCUAAAUAUCGAAUUGUCGUCCGCCAAGUUGCUUCUUUUCCUUCGCUCGCGCAGCGAAUUUCAAAUUCGUACGGUGAUUCACUCACUUUCAGCGGAUAGGCUUCGUGUGCUUAAUCCGUCAUUGUCCGGAGUUGACAACGUGCACUACAAGAAGGAAGACCCACGCAUUCUCGCAUGCAAUUGUCGUCCCAACUCACACCUACCAUGCAAGUCAUGGUCUUGCAUGUUGCUCCACGCGAUUGCCGUGUCUAGAUCUUUACCUGAUUUCCAUUUGGAUGACACGGCUCCAUCAUCGGCUGUGAUGCAGGAUAUGCCACAAGAGUUUGCCGAUGUUAUCUCUGCAGCCCAAAUUUUGUAUGGUGAUAUAUAA